AUGGAGGACAGACAGACAGACAUCCCACACGAAACAACGCGUUGGUUCCCCCGGGCUCCCCUGGAACACUCCACGGCUGCUUGGCAGCGCAGUCGGGCCUGUUCAGCGGGCACGACUCAGCAGCGACUCCAGUGGGACGACAAGCCAAAAGUGCGCUCGUCCCUUUGGCCCCUGGGGGACCUGAUUAAGAUCCCUCAUGGCUUCUCUGCUGCCCUCAGCCAACUGCUGGCCCGACCCCAGCCCUGGCGACUCGGUCUUUACGUCCUCAGGCACCUACCGGCCCAUUCAUUUCCUGCUCCUCAUCCUCCUCUAGGGCUGUCCCUCAGGAGCCAAGAAGCAAAGAGUCAAAAAGAGUCAAACCUCAACAGGCUCGAACUUUGCCAGAAAAACCCCUUUUCCCCCGUCUGGACUCCGUUCCAUCAGGCAGCUUCCUCUGAUUGGGCGCAGAUCCUUCAGAUGGUUCUGACCCCUCGCGUCCCAAGCCGCUGA